GAUUAAUACAGUGUGGUUCAUAGCCUCAUCAGGCCGAUAGCUCCACGUGUGUUUUGCUGAUCUGGUGUUGGUAUCUGAUUGGGAAACCUUUUCCCUGUGUUGUUAAUUUACUGGAGUGAGAGUACUAGUAUGCUUAGCUGGGAUUACAAGAGGGAGUUAUCGGAGCGUACUACUCGGAUGGUUCAAAUUCUUUAGCCGCGGGCUGUGCGCCUCUCCCAGCGACAUGAUGUCAUUUGGUGUGGAUUAUGCUUGACGGCAUCAUGAUCAUAGAUUGAAUGGUUGGCUGCUGCAUUUAUCUCCUAUGAAGGCACAGUAUAACACCUUCUUAGAUCUACGGCUACUGCGUUGGAUGAUGGCGUUCCGAGGCUGGGUGGGUUUAUCAUCACCAAUCUCCAAGAGUUCUCCAACAGCCCAAGACCUCCAACUCCUCGAAUCACUGCGUCAGCAUCUGCAGGAUCAGAAUGUCAUUGAGUCCGAGAGUGAGGAGACCCAUCGAUUCCAAGUGAUGACGGAACUGGACGCCCUGGCCAAAUCAUGGAUCCGCGAGAUCUGCUUCCAGAAGGGUGUCGCCGAUACCCAACUGGAUACCGUCGGAGGCCGUGUGUGUACGUUCGGCUCGUAUCGGCUGGGUGUACACGCGCGGGGCGGUGAUAUCGACGCGCUGCUUAUUGCUCCCAAGUAUGUGGAUCGCGGGGAUUUCUUCAAGUCCUUCGCCGAGCGCUUACUGCGCCACGAGAAAGUGAGCGAUCUGCGCGCGGUGGAGGGUGCCUUUGUUCCGGUUAUUAAGAUGUACUUUGACGGGGUGGAGAUUGAUUUGACGUUCGCCCGGCUCAUGCUGAAGGAAAUCCCGGAGGCGUUGAAUCUGUCGGAUCACGAGAUACUGCGGAUGAUGGAUUUGAAGUGUAUUCGUAGUUUGAACGGCUGUCGUGUGACGGACGAGAUAUUGGCUCUAGUCCCCGAUCGCAGUUCAUUUCGGGAAGCGUUGAAAGGGAUCAAAUUGUGGGCUAAACGCAGAGGAAUCUAUUCAAACGUCCUUGGGUUUUUGGGCGGUGUGUCCUGGGCCCUGUUAGUUGCCUUUGUAUGUCAGAAGUAUCCCAAUGCUGCAGCCCCCAUGAUAUUACGCAAGUUUUUCACAAUAUUCGCCAAGUGGAGAUGGCCGCAGCCCAUCAUGCUGAAGCUGCCGGACAAUCCAACGGAUAUCGAUGUUGGCUCCACUGUGUGGGAUCCGCGAUGUUAUCCCCAGGACCGGGGCCAUUCCAUGCCCAUUAUUACGCCGUCUUUCCCUCACCAGAAUUCUACCUACAAUGUCGGCCGUAGUACGCUGAAGAUCAUGCAAGCGGAAUUUCGACUGGGUGAACAACAGAUGAACGCGAUAUACAGUAAACCCGAUGAGAUGUCGAAAGCACAGAUCUGGACGGAAUUGUUCAAACCGUUGAACUUUUUCUUCUUGUACAAUCAUUUUAUUAUUGUGAUGGUGUCGGCGAAGACCAAGGAGGAUUUGAAGUCAUGGAAGGGCUGCGUGGAAUCCAGACUACGAACCUUGGUGACACAGCUGGAGAAUAACGAGUUUCUCACUGUGGCACAUAUCUGGCCUAGUGAUCUGCCAAUGAAACCAGAAUACGCUGCACCUGGUGCGGUGGGAAUUCAGUGGUUUGUGGGACUGGAUUUUGACUUUCCGAAGGGCGGAAAAGUAAACCUAAAUUUAACCCACGACGUGAACACAUUCCUGGAAUCAGUGCGCUCUUUUGGGCGCCAUAGCACGUGGAAAGAGGGCAUGGAAGUCGCCGCGAAAUAUUGUAAACGUCCUCAGUUGGCUGGCUACGUUCCUGAUGCGGCCAUUAAAAGUAACGAAGGCCUCACUCUCCUCGCCAACAUGAAACCACGCAAUAGCGGCGGUGGCAGUAAAAUAACACCACCGCAGAACGGGACCGGCCGAGGAGGGACGCGACCACCGCGGCUCCUGCGGCGCGACAGCAGCACGGAGAACUUUGGAGCAGCACGCCCGCCGAAACGCAUGCGUACUACCAGCUCUUCUAGCGAUCUGAAUAAUCAAGCUGCGACGCAAUCGCCCUCCAUGCCGACUUUGGCGAAUGGCGGUUCGCCAGCGCCGGCCACCCCCGGCACACCGACCUUUGAAAAACCUCUGUUUCCUGGUCCGGAGCCGUCCACACGAGAAAAAACGCCCCCAAGCCAGCGCAGUGAUGAUAGCGGACUGGGACUGCCUAUCCAGGAUGGGAUAGUGUCGGAGGAGGGAGUGUCGCCGCAGCGUCGAGAAGCGGAUUCCACGAGUUCACCAGUCGUCGAGAACCGGAAUGGUUCGGGCAGCAAACGAUCGCUGGAUGCUGCAGAGACAGGUUUGGAGGAAUUUACUGUACCGUUGGCGAAAAGACUUCACAUUGAAAUGGAAGCAGUUGUACAGUAACGUUGCGGUUGGAGGGUUUUUUUUAAUUACUAUAUGCUUUCAGAUACUGUAUGUACCAUAUAUCUGCAAAAAACUGUAAAAAAAGAUGUUACUUUUAUACGAAUUCUCACACGUUAGUUAGUUGCAAAAACCAAAAAGUUUUUUUUUCAUUUUACGAUUGAGAAUACACGCUGUGUGUAUUAUUUAUCUGGAGUAGCAUUCGAACUAUUUCACAAUCUUUCUGUUGUGCGAGAAGAAAUGGCUCGCAUGUUUCCGUAGACUUUUGAUGGGGGACUGCCUAAUAUCAGAUUGCAUACCGCGUUUCGGGCGGUCUGAAUAUUCUGGAAAGAUCCAAGAAUAUGGAUAUUCCUAAAAACAGAAAAAAUAGAAAAUGUUAUAAAAAAAGAGAAAAAAUUGAAAAAAGAAAAAAAAACGAAAAAAAGGAAUAAAAAAGAAAAUGGAGUGCUUCUGCCUGAGAGUUUGCGAUGCGUUUGUCCAUCAUAGUGUCUGCUUAUUUUACAAUUCACAUUAAUUCAUUGUAGUCUAUAAUGAAGUACGAGUACUCUUUAUGUUGGUAAUUCCUAUUCUUAAUGAUAAAAGCUUAAAAAAAUG